CAAACAACUGCUCGAAUGUUCUCAUUUCUCUUUAUAUAAGAGGAAGCAACCACUGCUGUCGCAGUGACCUGCAAUGAUGUGGCUUCUGUCUAUUUUUGUGUGUGGAUUCUACCUUACAUAUUGUAACAGCUAUGAUUGUUGUAAAACACCGGAGACAGAUUUAUGUCAGCUUUUCCCGAAACCUUGCUAUAAAGGUGGCAGACAUCCUGAAAUCAAAAACUGUCCCGGAAAUAUAUUUGCCACGGCAGACAGGGGGAUGUUAACCAAGGCUGUUUACUGGAAUGAACCGUCUGCUAUAGAUGACGAGGAUGGAUCCGUCAAAUUAAUCAUGAUAACUUCGGGGAGUAAGAUGUCGGGGGAUACCUUUGAAAAAUAUUUUGUCAUUGGAUACUUCGCCAGGGAUUCUGAUGGAAACACCGCGAGUUGUUCCUUCACUAUUUCCGUUACAGUCGUUCAUUGCCCAAGUCUAAGAUUGAGCCAUGCCGCUAAAGUAACAUGCAACCAUGGUGACGAAAGAUACGGAACCGUGUGUCACAUUGACUGUAGGUCUGGUUUUUCUCGCAUUGGCGUAUCACAGAUAGAAUGUCAGGCCAAUGGAGAAUGGAGCGAUAUCAUUCCCACUUGUAUCGCCGUUCGCUGUCCGGCACUUCCUCCAAAAACCAAAACUCUAAACUAUGCCUGCACUGCCUAUUUUGAGUUCGGAAGCGAGUGCUUGCUUUUAUGUCUCCCUGGAUUUGUCAUUCCACAAGGAGAGAGCAGAGUGAAACUUUGCCGAAGUGAUGGCAAAUGGCAGGGAUCAUUUCCAAAAUGCAUAGAUAAAUUCCAGCCAGAGAUAAGCCAUUGCGUACCCUUUGCGUAUGGUAUUGCCGAUGAAAAUUCUACUUCCGGAAUUAUAGAUUGGAAAGAGCCAACUGUGUUUGAUAAUGACAAAAGCACCGUAUUAAAAAGAAGUAGUAACAUUUUCCCCGGGGACAGGAUCGAGGCUGGAACACAUCGAGUAACCUACUCGGCAAUUGAUCAGGCAAAGAACACGGCCAGACCAUGUACCGUAACACUAUUAAUGAAAGUGUUAAGCUGUCCUCGUUUGUACAACAAUUACUACAUGUCUGUCACGUGUCCGUGGGGAUAUCAAUAUGGUGGAGAAUGCCAGUUCUCAUGCAGAAAUGGAUCUGAACUAAUUGGUACAAACACCUCAAAAUGUAUCAAAAUCGAAACAGAUAUAUAUGCCCGAUGGGACUUUGAUGAACAACCUUAUUGCAAAGUCCACAGACGUUGUGUUGAUCUGCCCUCUCCACCAAAAAAUGGCGCUGUAGUCUGUGACACGUGGUUAGAUGGAAGAUUUUGUCAGGUUCAGUGUCAGAAUGGUUAUGAUUUCCAACCAGGUUAUCGGUUUUAUGACAUAUUAGUUUGCGGGGGAAAUGGACAGUGGGAACCAGAGGAUGUUCUUCCCAUUCCAGAUUGUUCAAAGACGUACAUGGUAAAGGAAGCAUCAUUUAAAUUAUACGCCUCAUUUUACUACGAUGGUGAUUGCACGGAUCCAGUUGUACAGCAGAGCAUUCGAAAAAACAAUAUUGAUGACUUUCCCAAGUCAAAAUUCAAUUACUCUUGUUCGCAAUACAAAAGUCAAUGCAGAGUAGAAAAUGUCCAGAUAAUAUGUGGUGCUAGAAACAGAAAAAGAUCAGCAGAAAUGAAAAUUACAAUGGACAUUGUCAUAGAUUCAGAGGAGUUCCAAACAGAUCAGAGCUUCAUGGACAUUCAGAGUAGUAUGAUGAGUGCUUUGUCAAACGAAAGUUCAAACGGAAGUUUCGAGAUAACUCUUGGCGAUAACAUAACUUUGAAAGCCACCGAUUUGACUGCUGAAAGAGUAGCGUUUAAGUGCUCCAAUAACACUUUCCCAUCGUACACUACUUCCUCGUGCGUGGAAUGUCCAGCUGGGACACAUUAUAGUACAUCACUCCAAACCUGUCUACAGUGCCCCAAAGGCCACUACCAACCGUUAGAGGGACAGCCUGAGUGUCUUCAAUGUCCUGAUGAGACGACCACUGAGCAGAUCGGAGCCAAAUAUGUUGAGGAAUGUUUAGAGUCGUGUCUACCGGGAUACUGGUCUCAGACAGGGGUGACCCCCUGCUCCCCGUGUCCCCAGGGAUCCCAUGCGGAAGAUUAUGGAAGUUCAGUGUGUGUUGCAUGCCCUUCAUCACAAACAACUUUGAUGCGUGGCAGCAGUAACGCAAGCGAUUGUACACACUUCGAUAUAUUCUUGAGCUCUAAUGUAUCCAAGGCCAUUAUGGACAUCGACUUCGCUCAGGAGAAAACCGGAAUCAUUCUCAGUGCCUGGCUACGAUUUCCAGUCGGUUCCAACACGACAUCUCCAUCACUGCAGUUUCAUAAAAGUGAAAGUUGGUUCAAAACAAUUUGGGUGAAGCACAAAUAUAUGCCAGAUAGUGGAAACAACUUUUCUGUCACGAUCGACCAUAAAGAUUGGACAUUCGUUUUGUACUCAAUAAAUUUGGAGGAAUUUUCCAGAAUUAAUGAGAGCACUUCUAAGUUAAAAAUAACAGGUCCACUUAUUGUAUCUCAAUUGAACAUUUGGUCCUCAAACUACACCGAAGGAGAAAUACAUAACCGAUCACAUCACUGCAUUAUAAACGAGACUGGUGAUAUCUUGCCAUGGAAGGAUUGGGAAAUGGCUCGCCUUGAGGGAAGUUUUAUACAGAUACCUAGCCUAUGUGACGAUACAAACGAGUGUGAUGAACAUCCUUGUGGAGAUAAUACGUGUUUUAACGAACUGGAUGGUUUCUCAUGUGUCUGUAAGCCUGGAUACAGAGGACAGCAUUGUGAAGAGAAUAUAAACGAAUGUCUGACCAACAUAUGUCUGAAUAAUAGCACGUGUGUGGACAAAGUCAAUGAGUAUAUGUGCGUCUGUCCUCCAAACUACAAAGGGAAAUUCUGUGAAUUUCUUUUCUUAAAUGGUAACUGGGGGAAAUGGGACGAGUGGUCAUCGUGUUCCGAGACCUGUGGAAAUGGAACGAAAACACGAAAGAGAUACUGCAACAACCCAGCGCCAUAUAAUGGAGGACACAUAUGCAGCGGAAAUGACACAGAAAUUACCGACUGUUUUGUUGAAGAUUGUCCAGUAUGUACGAUUCUGGAGGCACCAUCGAACGGUUCCUUAAACUGCACCGGGAGUCCAGAGACUGGAUUUAACUGCAGCAUAAGCUGCAACAGAGGAUUUGACUUUGAUGAAGGUGUAAAACCAUUUUAUGAGUGUGGACCAAACACGUUCUUUUUGUGGGACUUUAAGACAAGUGAUAAUCCAGAUGGAAAUCUCCCGACAUGUAAUCCGACAAAAGAAAGCGAAGAACUGUCAGCUAGCUUCAUGGUGUUGUAUGAAGACCUGCAUUGUGACGAACAAAAUCGUGAAAAUAUAAAAUCUGAAAUAGAAGCGGUGGUUGGUGUCUUUUUGGAAGAAAUUCCUUGUACGCAGAGAGGAACUUGCAAUGUUAGUGACGUCAAUAUCUUAAGUUGCGGAAAGGAAUCCACACGAAAGAAAAGAUCCGUGGAAGAAAAACAAAUAACUGCAGGAUUUAAUGUCAAAUUUAUGUGCUCAACCAUACAAUUUGAUUCCGAAUUGUGUGUAAAGGAUCUCAUAGACGCUGUAAGAAGUUUUAAAAACUCAUCCUUGAUACACAAGCUCUCUGUUAAUGUAAGUGAAACUACCUAUGAAAUUGAUGUAAAUCAGACAGGUGUGAGAGGAGAGGUUCGGUGCGACACGGGAUACAUCAGCUCAGGAGUUUACUGUGUCCCGUGUGGUGUGGGUAAUUUUUUUGCCAAUGGAGAAUGCAACAAAUGCGAAUAUGGGUUUUACCAGAAUGAGCUGGCCCAGACAGUGUGUAAAAGUUGUCCUACUGGUACAACCACUCCAGGUCGAGCCUCCAGGGGACCGCUUAGUUGUUCAGUAAUGAUGAUUCUUCAGGAAAAUCACGAUGAAUUGUACACGGGAGUUGGGUUGAGCAUUGGUACGCUCAUAGUCGUCGUAGCUAUCGUAGCCGCACUCAUCUUCAAAUUCAGAAACAUGGAGUUCAAACUUGGACAGAACGGUGUUAAAGUUCAAAAGAAGUACAGUCAAGUAGACGCCUUUAACUUUAAUGAACAGGAGGUAGAGGGCGUUGCUCUUUGUACAAUAAAAAAAACUCGAUGACAAUGAUGUUUACUAAAUUAGCACAUAUUGGUUGAUACUGCUGGUCAAUCGACUUGCUAAUACAUGUAUGACGGGAGUUGCAUUUUGUAAUGGACAAAGCAUAAGCUCAUGCUAUACAUUUACAUACGAUCCAUGCCCUUUUGCAUAUAAACUGAAAAAUGUACAUUAUCAUGAUUAUUACUCAAGUUAACUGAAACCUGAAUAGCUCAUGAAAGAAGAACUGUAUUGAAAGUAUAUAUAUCUAAACGGUGGCCAUAGUUAUCUCCAGUCUUUUGGUAUCGGGCGUUGACAUGUUUGUGACUACCGUUUAUAAACAUUGCAAUUUUAGUGGGUCCAUGUCUUUAGUCUGAUCCACUAUUCAUCAAUUCCUCGUAAAUCGAGACUAAUAAUAUCCAAUAUAUAAAUGAAUGCAUGUGUGUAUCUGUAUGUCGUAUACCCAUCAUGUUCCCAAAUUCAUUGCGGCCCUGCUGCAGUUUGCAAACAGCAGAGGAGAGACUCGCGAGAAGAACUCGGCAAACAAAUUUAAUAAGUUAGCAAGCUGUUAGCUGUAAUAAUAUAGCCCUCUCCGAUUUUUUGUUGGCGGGGGGGGGGGGGCUACAACUUCUUAGGAUCUCCGUAAGUGGUUCACUCUCACAACAUUUUCGAUCAUUCUAUACUUUUGCUGACCUUCUUUACGUAAAUAAAAAUUAUGACAUUCUGUAUUUCUUAGUCAAUAGAUAAAUUUACAACCUGCAACUUACGAUUUGUGAAGCUCUGUUCUACUGGUUUCAGCAAUGUCGAUAUAUUAUUUCUCGAUUCAUAUUUGUGCACCAUGUUUGAUGUACUAAAAUUUCAACUUCCAAUUGUCAAGUUCUUUGCAGAUGCCAUAUAGGGUAGUAAUUACGUCAAUGGACGAAUACGGAGGAGAAAGCUAUUUGGUCGGUAUUGAAAAGGUUUGAAUUCAUUAUCAAGUUAAAAAACGAACAACAGAGUGUAAAUUCUUUCUGCAACUAUAUGAUUUUCCUUUCCUUGUUGGAAUUGCUGGAGUAGCCACAUUUUCGCGCUGAUUGUAAAUAUUUAGGUUUUUUAGUAGAUCCACCUACGAGAUCUCGCGAUAACAAGCAUGGCGGAGAAGACGGAGAAUUUUUCAUGCUGUACAUGAUAUUUAAUUAAAAACACCUUUAUUACACAUGCUCAAGCACACAGUUGGUACUCCUUUUGGUGUAAAAAACAUUUGGGACUAAUACACGGAGCUUAUCAUCUGUUAUUCAUAAAAUUAUUUUGCCCCAUUACGGAGAUCCUAUGGAAUUGUAGCCCUAUCCCGAAAACGUCAGAAUAAAAAAAGUCGGAUAGGGCUACAUUAUUGCAGCUAGUAAGCUAUAUGUACAUUGUAAUUGUUCAUUAUUUAAAAUUAUUCUUACAAUUACUGAAUGAAUGGGUUCUAUAUCGUCAACAGAGGAUUUAGGAACGGUUCCCUCUGAGAGUUCAUCAAUAGUCAAUGCACGAGGAUAUGGAUUAAAUAUAAUCUAAAUUUUAUAUAGUUUAUUUCUGAUUUUCGCUGGAGGGUGUAAAUAAUAAAUGGUAUUGGAAUGAAUUGUUUCUUUUUGUUAGUAGUCCUCUACCGGUGAAAGCGAAGGAUACUAUAGGUUUGGUCUGUCCGUCCGUCUGUCCCACUUAGUUUUCCUUACUUGAAAAUCUGGGAGCAUAUAUGUUUUGUUUGACCGUCUGGUUGUUUGCUCGCAAAACCUAUAUGGUCAUAACUUUUAAAUGGAUCAUGAUAUGGCUUUCAUAUUUCCCAUAUGUAUUCUUUGUGCUAAGACCUUUCAUUCUGGUAUCUGUACCAAAUGUUUCAACCUCUUGACCUUGGACUUUGGCCAUAUAGGGACACCAGUGUGUCACAAAUACACCUUGUUUCAUCAUACUUUGAUUUAGGAAGUUAUUUAGUAUGUGGUCUCCUACUGUAUGUUUACUGAUCAAGUUUAAGUUUGUCACAGGUGAGUGAUUUUUACGAGAUGUAUGAUAAAUUGUGCCGAAAUUUGUUUUUCCGGAAUUUGUUCACCAUGCAUUAAUAUUUGAAGCAAACAUUUGGUAUGUGAUGUACUGCUAUAUUUUUAAAGAUCAAGUUUAAGUUUUCUCAGUUGCGUGUUACGAAGUUUAUUAUGACAUUUAGUGCCUUGAUACAAGUGAAGUUUAACUUUUGUUAAGGUUAACUUAUUCUAACAAAAAUUGUAAGACUCAGUUUCAUGGUUGAAUGAACUUCAGCUUUAUGUUUUGUAGACUUUUUUCAUUAUGAUUUAAUUAAGGAAGAUGAGAUUUCGAAUGUGAUUUACUGAUACAUGUAUAUGGUUACAUAUUAACUUUCAGUUUCGUCACAGUAGAUUUCUUUUUACGAGAUUUAUGGGACUUUUUUCGAUUUUAUUUUUGCUUGAGAAUCUGAAUUUUUUACGUGGUUAUUGAAUGAGUAGAUAUACAUCAAGUUUCAUUUUCAUUACAGCUAUUUUUAGGGAAUUUUGUAAAUCUUAGUAUCAUUGUUGACUGAAUUAAUUCUUGUUCUUAGUGUAUUUCUCAGCAUUUUAUUGUAUUUUUUAUUGUGUGAGAUUUAUAUGAUUUAACGUAUUCCAAUUUGUAAACGAGUCAGUUAGAUUUAUUUACAAGAAAUCGAAAUUAUAAUAUUUCCUGGUAUUAGAAAAUGUCCACUCACUUUUCCAGAUAUCCAUGUUCUGCAUAUAAUGACAUCCCUUAAAUAAGUAGGGGCACCGGUAGGAGACAUGUAUUGCUCUUUCAACACUCUCAGAACGCUUUUUCUACGCCCCAUUCUAUAUUUUUGGCUGCUUUCACUAGACGUCUUUAGCUAUAGGUGAAUUUUGACCUGUGCAUGAAAGUCAAGGUUGUAGAUGUGACACGGGACCUCCAUUUUUAGGGUCUUAUCUGAGAGACAUGUGACUUUUCCUGGUAUUGCCAGGUACUUAGAAAAGAACAAUUACUAACUUAGGUUUGAUGUUCGAACCCGAGGCCUCACGAACGCCCUAAUGACUUUCUUUGAUUGGAAAGGACAUUAUUGUUAGCUACCUUUUCUCAAUCAAAAAAGUUUCAUAUUUACCGUCUUGGUUUGAUUAUCAAUUUUGUUUUGUCUUUUCAGUCUUUGUGGUAAGAUUAAAUUAGAACUCUUUUGAUGUGUAGUUUGUCUAAUCAAAAGUUUGCAUAAUGAGACUUUGAAGGCUUGAAUAUAGAGUAAUUGAUGAUACCAUAUUAUAAACUCUAUCAAUCAUCUUAACAUCUCUUCUCUGUGUAAAUUAAAUUAUAUGUCCGUUCAAAUUUCCCAGACGUCAAUGCUGUGUAAGAAAGAUUUUUGGUAUUAUAAUGAUUUUGUGUAGAAUACAAAUGUGUAUGGCCAUGAAUUAUCAAAAUUAAUCUUGAAACCAAUUUUGUUUACGUAUAGCUUCGUACUACAAUACACAAUGAAUGUCUGAUAAAGAAUAUUAACAAUGCAUUAAUUAUAGUUUUUUAUUCAAAUGCUCUGUUUGUAGUCAAAACGGAUAUAAUCGUACGACAAAUUUAUGAAUUUUGAUAAGUCAAAGUUUCUUUCCUUGUAAUAUCAGAUAGGAAAAACUUAACAGAUCUCACCAUCGUGAAAAAAUUCAAAUAUCAAAUGCUAAUCAAUGUGAUAUAAAGUUACAAAUUGUCUUUUUACAUAAGAAAACUAAAAGCCUCCUUGAUUUGCCAGUACCAAGAAUAAUAUCAAUAGUCUCACGUACCUUGGGAUUUUGAAAACUCCAAAUCACUAAACAUACAGAUUAAAAGACCUAUCACCAAACUGCAUUUUUCAUUCAAUAUUGAAGAGAAAGUAAUGUUGGCAAGCGUCGGCAGUUGAUAGAGCACAAACUUAUUUAAUUACAGCGAGGAAAACAAAUGGUAUUCCAUGUAACAAUUAGUGGCGAUAGAGAUGGCGUUAUAAUUACUGUUAAACUUACAUCGAAAUCACAUUUGUACGCUUCACUGAAUACAAACGACAUGACAAUAUGACUGUCAUCAUUCUUAUUUUCAGGUGAAAGUCGUAAUCGUUACCUGAAACACCGACGCAGACGUAUAUUUUAUUUCUUAAUUAUAUAUGAAAGAUAAUUACUACUACAUGUGGUUAUACAUAAAUGGUAAGAGUGUAAGCAUAUUUCUAGUAUACGCAACAAGCUUGCUUCGUUUUAUUUCCUUUUCAUCGGCACAUUUCUUUAUCAAGCAAUUUUGAAUAAUAUUCAAAAUAUUUGAAUUUUUUGCCUCUCCGUAUUACGACAUAGCCUAUAGAAGUGUUGCUGUGUCUGCUACGCCGGUAGCGAAGGGUUUUUUUCUUUUAGUUUGAAAGGUAAUGUUUCAUGUUAAGAUUGCAAGUAACACAUGAUUAUUUUAUUGAGAAUUAUAACAUACAUAGCCUACAAGAUCAGUGUCAAAUGCACAUGGUUUUUUGUUUGUUUGGUGUCCCAUAGAGAGUUUUUCAUUCAUAUAGAGACGUCACCAGUUGUAGGUAAGUUUCCAUAAAUUUAGACCUAUACUUAGCCUCAAGCCGUUGCAUUGAGAGUUUUUCAAACGUUCCAAUGCCUCUCGCGUCGCGGGACCUCCAUUUUUAAGGUAAUAUCUGAAAGACCCGUGAUUCAAGUUGCGUCUGCACCUGUCAAAAUAUGAAAUGGAAAGGAAUAAUCAUUAUCUAGAUGACAUGUGCAAAUUAAAGGAAGUCAAAGUUAGUAUACUGAACCCGAUCUAAAUUCAAUUAUAUUAGCAAGAGUUAUGCAUCUUUGAAUAUGACCUGUGCUAAAAAAAAAAACAAGUUUAUCCACAUUGGUACAAUUUGAUACCAAAUGAACAAACAAAAUUGUGUUUUGGCGUGCUUGUCAUGGCCAUUUAAUAGAAAUAAAAUACAUCAGAAAUAUACAAAUAAUGAACAAAUGUAUGCGCUAUGAAGCAGAAUUUAAAAACUUCUACAUGAGAAGAACAACACAUUGCUGUGGCCUUCAAUUCGACAUUUAGAUAUAUCGACGACGUUUUUAUCUAUUAACAAUAAUAACUUUCAUUUAUAUGUCGAUUCAUAUGUCAAAAUAAAACACACCACAGAGUUGUCCAAUUCUGCUUCAUACUUAGAUAUUUUAUUGAAAGUAGAUAUUGAUGGCAAACUAACAACACUUUAUACAAAAAAAAAAGGGGGGGGUGGAUAAUUCAUCUUCUCCACUGUCGACUUCCCAUAUUUAUGUAGCAAUAUUCCAUUAUCUCCUGUAUCUGGUGUUUAUAUCUCUCAACUGAUUCGAUAUGCAAGAGCUUGUUCUGCGUAUGGUCAGGUUUUAAAUCAAGGAAGGCUACCGUCAAACAAGUUGAUGGUGCAGGAGUUUCAACAGUCUCGUUUAAAGUCAGCAUUUCGCAAAUUCUAUGGUCGUUAUAAUGAUCUAUUUUGCUUAUACAAUCUAUCAUUGGGUCAAAUGCUGUCUGAUGUGUUUCAUACAGAUUGUUAGGCCGUUCUUGGCACACUGAUUUUGACAACGGAUAAUCCGUUUACCUGAUCCACGACGGGUGUAACCGGUCAACAGGGGAUGCUUACUCCUCCUAGGCACCUGAUCCCACCUCUGGUGUAUCCAGGGGUCUCUGUUUGCCCAACUCUCUAUUUCGUGUUGCGUAUAGGAGUUAUGAGAUUGAUCACUGUUCUUUAUCUUCACCUUUCAUAUACACUGUACAUGCGCUAAUUUGUCUUUUCAAAUCCUCUUACUUUUGUUUUAUCAUGAAAGCAACUCUAAAUGCAACACAUCCUCACUCAUUCCUUGAAAGACACCCCAUACACACUUACGGGGAUUAAAUAGGGAGGCCUACAUUUAUUUACAAGAAUAUCUGGGACGCUGUACAAUGUCACAUCGUUCUGAUUUGCUAUAUGAAGAAUACGUCGAUGCUACAUGGAGAUAAUUACAUAAAAAUUGACAUUAAAUAGAGAUUUAUCACAUCAACCUUCGCUCCAUAACUGACUCGAACUUCAAGUACCAGUAAACCUCGGGAUCUUUGUGUUCUCAGGCUGAACGGGGUAGCCCUAUCUCGUCCAACCUGUACAAAUGAAAGGGCAGAGACACAGUUCUGUAUCGGCUACUCUUUUAUUAAAAAAAACAUUUCAUCAUUUUAAUUAUUGAUUACAAUGCAUAUUACACAUUAUACAAUAAUAUUUACAAACACUAUUAUAAAAGUUCACACAAAAAUUAACUUAGCCAUCUGAAAAAUUGAAUUUUAGAAAUGCUCAAGUAUACUCAAUAUCUUACCUGUACAAAUGAAAGGGCAGAGACAAAGUUCUGUAUCGGCUACUGAAGAACUUUGUCUCUGUUCCUCGCAUCUAUACCCCCGUACAUCCUCCAACAUUCCAUACUAUAUUUGUUACGUCUUAAAAGUCAACAUUACUAACAUUGGCUUUUAAUUCAGACUCAAAGCCAACACAAUUCUUUUCUUGAAAAUUCUGUAAUUUAGCAUUGCACACUCAACUUCACUUCUAAUUUUUGGAUAAUUUCUUGUUUCUUGUAAAUAAUAUAGACAAUUCCUUGACCUCUGGUCACUGAUUUCUUACACUCCGAUUGGUUACACAUAUCCUCUGAAAUCGCAUUCAUCCUCAUGAUCCUGUAAACAAGUUAUAAACAAACUCACGGUGAAAAGUUCAUACACUCUUGUUCAGCAUCGUACUGUGAUUUUUGUUUCCCAUUAUUUUGCCAAUGUCCAUUCAUUCAUUAUCCUUCCCCAUAUAUCAGAAUACUAUUAUCUGUUUGAUACAUAGCAAUUUUCGUUAUGAUAGAUUUAUAAACAUAAUUUUAUUCUAUUGUGCGAUUAUUAUGACUGUGAAUUUUAUCAUUAUUUUUCCCUAAUUAAACAUUUUAUUUCAUUGGUAGAGACUAUGUUAGGCGUGCAUAUACAGGAGUGUCCAACCCCACUCCCACCCACAAAAUGGUAGAACAUAAAUAUAUUUGUAUGCACUUAAAUAUGUAAAAUACUACGUAUUACUCCCAAGAAUAGAUUAGGGAAAAUGUACGCUGUAACCCCCUCCCAGGAAAAGAUUUUGUAUUUUGGAUUCUCUUGUAUAUACAUGUACGUACUUGCAACUCUCCCUCCC